AUGAAAGAUUAUAGUCGAUUCCUGUAUACGCGUUUACAGAUCAGUGGAUUAGACUUUUGGAUUCGUCCCCUUCUAAUUUACAAAAGAAGGGUAGCUCCUAGUGGUCGUUCACAACUGAAUGCUCGACUAGAAGUAUGGAAUAUGGUGCCAGGCAGAGAAUUACUGGGGAGGACCUGCUUGGUAACCGCUCCAAGUGCUAUACCCCGGGGUCAUUCUUUGUCUGCUAAUUCUGAAAGUGUAAAAUUGACUACAACCUUCUCAUAG